AUGCCAUCAAAAUCAACACCAUGUUGGAGUGUGGCACUGCUUGAACAUGAGCGUGCGGCUCUGGUGGACUGGGCGGCACUGACACUCGCACACUGCCAGUGCCCUCAGACCCAUGUUGAAACAGAAAUUCCCAGAGAGAAUUGUGGGCCACUUGAAGAAAGGAAAAUGGAGGGAGGUUUGACGAAACACACCCUCACGUAUCUGUCUAAGUGUAUCUCUAACACCAGCCACCCCCACCCAGCGACCACCUCCACCAAGCGACCACCUCCACCCAGCGAACCACUCCCACUCCACCCCAGCGACCACCCCACCCAGACCAACCUGCACCCAGCGACCUGCACCACCUCCACCCAGCGAGGCGACACCUCCACCCAGCGACCACCUCCACCCAGCGACCACCUCCACCCAGCGACCCAGCGACCACCUCCACCCAGCGACCACCUCCACCCACGACCACUCACCCAGCGACACCUCCACCCAGGACCACCCCACCAGCGACCACCUCCACCAGCGACCACCUCCACCCAGCGACCACCUCCACCCAGCGACCACCUCCACCCAGCGACCACCUCCACCAGCGACCACCUCCACCAGCGACCACCUCCACCCAGCGACCACCUCCACCCCAGCGACCACCUCCACCAGCGCACCACCCCACCGCGACCACCUCCACCCAGCGACCACCUCCACCCAGCGACCACCUCCACCAGCGACCACCUCCACCCUCCUCCACCAGCGACCACCUCCGACCACCUCCACCAGCGACCACCUCCACCCCCGACCACCUCCCACCCAGCGACCACCUCCCCAGCGACCACCUCACCCAGCGAGCCGACCUCCACCCAGCGACCACCUCCACCCAGCGACCACCUCCACCCAGCGACCACUCCACCAGCGACCACCUCCAGCGACCAGCGACCACCUCCACCCAGCGACACCUCCACCCAGCGACCACCUCCACCCAGCGCGACCACCUCCACCCAGCGACCCCUCCACCCCAGCGACCACCUCCACCAGCGACCACCUUCCACCCAGCGACCACCUCCACCAGCAGCGACCACCUCCACCCAGCGACCACCUCCACAGCGGUCCACCCAGCGACCACCUCCACCCAGCGACCACCUCCACCCAGCGACCACCUCCACCCAGCGACCACCUCCACCCCAGCGACCAACCUCCACCAGCGACCACCCACCCAGCGACCACCUCCACCCAGCGACCACCUCCACCCACCCCAGCGACCACCUCCACCCAGCGACCACCUCCACCCAGCGCGACCACCUCCACCCAGCGACCACCUCCACCCAGCGACCACCUCCCAACCAGCGACGACCACCUCCACCCAGCGCGACCACCUCCACCCAGCGACCACCUCCACCCAGCGACCACCUCGACCACUCCACCCAGCGACCACCUCCACGAGCGACCACCCACCAGCGACCACCUCCACCAGCGAGCUCACCUCCAAGUAAAUAG